CUUUUCGAUUUCCUGGUAGUGAUUCCUCACCGAUAGACUCUCGCUACUGCUACGGUGUCGUGCGUUUGUUUGCGCUUCAAGUCUACAGUGUCGCUUCUCACGUUCAGCGUUGCCAACCACGAAGUCAACAUUGACGGUCCGCCAACUUCCCAUUUUUAGGAGAGACGAGAUUCUCGCACGAAGCAGUCCAGCAGAAUGUGGGAGGACCUCGAACUCGAUCCCGAACGGAUUCCAACGUUCAAGUUGAUUUUCCAUUCCCUUCAAAUUCUCUUUGCCUUCAUCCUAUGGUGUAUCGAGAUUGCCGUCUUCCGAGAUUCCAAGUCAAAAAUUGUGGGCAACAAUGGUUGGACCUUCGGAGUGGUCUUCCUAUCAGUGCCGGCGUGGAUCUACCUGAUGAUGGCCCCGCGGUUCCCACGCACCCGAAAGAUCGCCCAACCAUACGCCAUGCUGGCAGUCGACGCGUGCUUCACCGUCAUCUGGCUCUCGGCCUUCUCCACCCAGGCCGCCUACAACACGUCCAACCUCUGCGGCAACGCCUGCGGCAUGAGCAAGGCCAUUGUCGGGCUUGGGGUUUUCGUCUUCCUGUUCUUCUGCGCAACGACGUUCCUCAGCAUAUGGACCUUGAAAUACUACCAAUGGAACCACCGGCUACCGGGAUACGACCGCGCCCAGCUCAAGGACCAGAACAUUGACCCGGACAAGGCCGCCUUCUCGAUGGCGCCGCACGACGAAGAGGCAUACGCCCCCGUCAACCUCUCCGAACAUGAUCACGACGACCCGCACAGCGGUCCACACUACGCCGGCGCGCACUCCGAUUACUCAGACCCGUACGGGCCCACGGUCGGCAGCCAGGUCGGCGGCGCACGCUCGGAUUACUCAGACCCAUACGGCCCCGCGGGUGGCAGCCAGGUCGGCGCCGCCAGCACAGUUAGCAGCUACCAUGACAACCCCUUUCGGCAGCAGGAGGCCAACCCGUUCGACAAUGACGCCGAUUAUCACUCUGGGAGGGUGUCUGCUGCGGGAUCCGGGUAUGCGAAGCCGACGGCGACUGACGAAUUUGAUGAUGCGAGGUUUCCUCAUGCCAACUAUGAUCGGAUCGAGCGGUUAUGAUGAUAGGACCCGGCUUGGCCAAUUGGGCAGCGAAUGAAUAGGGGUCCGGGCAGAGGACGGCACGCAUUAUGUAAGCUAAACGGCAAUCGCUAUGUGCUUGGGUUAAUGGUUGUGCAUUUUGGCUUCAUCGCUUGGUUUGGGAUGUAUCUGGAUAGCAUUGAUCUGGUUUAGUUUUGGUGUUGCCGGCGUCAUAGAGGGUAUAUUAAAGAGAUACCAUGGACAUGGCAAUUUUUAGUUCGUAUUUCCAACCCAUUUCGAGAUCUGC